AUUUCAAUUUUAACCGGAUGUGUUUUCUUUAUUUACGUUGAUCUUGAUGUUUUCAUGAAUUUUGCUUUGAUCUCCUUUCAUAAUUUCGUGAAAAUGGCCAAUUGAAUAUCUUAGAGUGGUGUUGUUGAUGGGUUUCAAUUCAAUUUUGUGGUGCAUUGAUAUAACUCAAGAAGAACAGAGAUUAGUGAUGGAGUCUUAGGGGUUAUGACAGGAGAAAGGAAUAGAUGGGAUGUAUCUUUUUUUAUGCAGGCGAAUGGUGUGAUCUUAUCCCAUAAUUGAAACUCCCACAUUUGAUUAUAGCUGCCAUAGAAGCUUAAAAUCCAGACAUUUUGGUUACCACAAAUUUCAAUAUACCACAUUGCACUGCAGAUUACUUGAUAGUGCUGAAUUUGUUCAUCACAUGCUAUGAUCUUUUGGAUCUUCAAUUUUUAUUCUUCAUGUUGCUUUCUGUGUAUUUCACAUAUGCAAGCAUUUAUGCAAUCGAUAUAUGGUGUUUCCGGUUUUAUAAAUCUCAACUUAGGUGAUUCGUUCAGGUAAAUAUUUUAUAAUUGGGCCACAAGAUGUCUGCAGCUCAAGACCCAUUUUAUAUUGUGAAGGAGGAAAUUCAAGAAUCUAUUGACAGGCUGUUGUCUACAUUUCGUCAAUGGGAGCGCAUUCCUAAUAGUGGAGAGCAUCAACAACUUGUGAAGGAGCUUCUUGCUGCAUGUGAGAGCAUUUCAUGGCAGGUGGAUGAAUUGGACAAGACAAUUUCUAUUGCCUCAAAAGAUCCUGCUUGGUAUGGUAUAAAUGAAGUUGAGCUUGGAAAGCGGAGAAGGUGGACAAGCGAUGCUCGUACUCAGGUUGGGAAUGUUAAGAAAGCAGUAAUAGUUGGACAGGAGUCAAGUGGAUUGAGCGUUAUUGAGAUGCGAAGAGAACUGAUGAAUCUGCCAGAUCCUCAUCAGAUAGUAGAUAAACCAAACAAGUACAGUACUGCAAAUAAUGAUGAUUAUGUAGCAGCUGAAUCUGAUACACAGUUACUCCUCAUAAAGCAGCAAGAUGAUGAGCUGGAUGAGCUUAGUGCUAGUGUGAGAAGAAUUGGAGGUGUUGGGCUUACUAUACAUGAUGAACUUCGUGCACAGGAUAAGAUUAUUAAUGACUUGGGCUCAGAGAUGGACAGUACAUCUACUCGUCUUGAUUUUGUUCAGAAAAGGGUUGCUAUGGUUAUGAAAAAGGCCAGUCCCAAGGGUCAGUUUAUGAUGAUCUUAUUCUUGCUUGUCUUGUUCAUUAUCUUAUUUUUUCUGGUUUUCCUUACCUAGUUGAUAGUGAGAAUAAGCCAGGAUGAUAUUGUAAAUGAAUGAACUCUCUUCUUGGGCAUUUUUUGGUUCAAAUCUUCUGAGUUUAUAUUUAAUUUACUGGUCAUCCAAUAUCAAUAAUCUACAAACAAUUUUCC